GGCGGGGGGGGGCGGUGGGAGAAGCGGUUCGCUCAUCGGCGCCAGCGUCGGUGGCGGAAGCGGCUUCUGGUCUUGGACUGCUCCCCCCAAUGUCGGCUUAGCCGUCGCCGUCACGGCCAUGGCCGGUAUAGCCUUGGCCGCGACAGUCGUCUACUCUCGUAGGUAAAGAAAACAAACACAAAUUCCCCCAAAAAACUGAAUCGAAAUCCCUAAUUUGUUGUGAGAGGAAAACCCUAGAUUCUUCGCUAGCUAGAUAGGUUGAUAGGUAGACUUUACACACAUAGAUGAUUACGCAUCAGAAACCCUUAAUGAGAGCCCUACGGCGGAGUCACACUUCCUCUAAUUCAUCUCCACCGUCGUCAAAUUCCACAUCUUCACCGUCAUCGUCGUCGUGGAUUCAUUUGCGAUCGAUUUUGUUAGUCGUUGCUUCCUCGUCUUCCUUUCCAGUUUCCACUGAUCGGGGUAGUCUUAAAUCACCUUGGUCCCGUAGGAGAAAAAAACAUGCCCUUCUACCCAAACAAUGGAAAAGUUUUUUUACACCUGAUGGGAAACUCACUGAUGGUGGUCUCAAGUUUUUGAAGAAAGUUCGCAGUGGAGGUGUUGAUCCAAGGAUCCGAGCUGAAGUGUGGCCAUUUCUUCUUGGAGUCUAUAACGUGAACAGUUCCAUGGAAGAAAGAGAAUCUGUUAAAAAUGAGAAAAGAAAAGAAUACGAGAACUUGCGGAAACAGUGCCGGAGAAUUUUAACACACAGUGAUAAGAGCUUUAAGUUGAACGAAGCUUCUGGAAACAGUAGCACCGAGAGCAGUGGGGAUUUCAGUCAAGUUUUAGAUUCUUCUGGCCAGGGGGAUGUUGCAAGUGCCAGGGAGUCCAUUUCAACUGAGGGAGGAAACCAGUUGGCCAAGGAUCCUGAUAAGCCGGUUGGCCAUCAAGGUGUUCAGUCUUCUAAAUCAUGUGAAGGAGAUGAUGAGAAGAGUGAGGUCACCUGUGAAGAUGCCUGUGCUGGCGGCGAGACAGAAUCAACUGAUUCUGAUUCCUCUGAAGACGCUGAUAUCACUCGACCAUUACUCGCCACUGAAGUAACUGGAGAAAAUUAUGUUGAUGAGAGUGCUAAGGAGAGCUCCUCUCCCUCCAUUAUAGAAAACAAGUCCAAAUCCCACACAGCAGAAGAUUUUGCCACAUGGCAGAGGAUCAUCCGCCUUGAUGCUGUGCGUGCAAAUGAUGAAUGGAUCAUUUAUUCACCAUCACAGGCUGAUGUAUCAGAGAUCAAGGCACAAAGACUAGCUGAGAGUGUCGGGCUGAAGGAUUACGAUCACUUGGAGCCAUGCAGGAUUUUUCACGCUUCUCGCCUGGUUGCAAUCCUGGAAGCAUAUGCGGUGUAUGAUCCCGAGAUUGGUUACUGCCAGGGUAUGAGUGAUCUACUUACUCCAAUCAUCUCAGUGAUGGAAGAGGACCAUGAAGCCUUCUGGUGCUUUGUGGGUUUUAUGAAAAAGGCACGGCAUAAUUUCCGGCUGGAUGAGGCUGGAAUCCGAAGGCAGCUUGGCCUUGUUUCCAAGAUUAUCAAGUGCAAAGAUGUUCCUCUCUACAGACACCUGGAGAAGCUUCAAGCGGAGGAUUGCUUUUUUGUGUACAGAAUGGUGGUGGUUCUCUUCAGGAGGGAGUUGAGCUUUGAGGACACUCUUUGCCUCUGGGAGGUAAUGUGGGCAGACCAGGCUGCAAUCAGAGCGGGGAUCGCCAAGUCUGCUGGGGGGAGGAUGAGACUAAGAGCCCCUCCUACUGAUGAUCUCUUGCUCUAUGCAAUAGCGGCCUGUGUGCUACAAAGAAGGAAGCUAAUAAUAGAGAAGUACAGCAGCAUGGAAGAGAUCAUGAGGGAGUGCAAUAGCAUGGCCGGUCGUCUGGAUGUUUGGAAACUUUUGGAUGAUGCCCAUGACUUGGUGGUGAACCUUCAUGACAAGAUUUAGAAACAUCCAAUGCUAAUGGUAGGCUUUGGUUUUUUCUUUCUUUCUUUUCCUUUUUAAUUAUUUUUAAUUUGAUGUUGCACCCGCUGAGGAUCCCUUUGAAAGCAAGGAUCUUGAGGUCAUGUUCACGCUGCUUGAAACAAGCAUCUGAUAGGCACUUUUAUGUAUUGGGAGUAAAAUUAUGGGAUUUUUAUAUAUAAAUGUAUUGCCCGCACUCUGCGCUUCUGCAGAGUGACUGUGGCACAGCAAUGCAGAAUUAGUAAUUCAGAUCAA